GACUUUUUUGAAACAAUACGUAACGAACAGUGAUUGUCAAGGCAAGCAUCAUGCAACGCCGCCAGUCAUCAGGACAGGAUCGCAUUCCUGUGUGGUCUUCUACUGUACGGUGAGCUCUUUGCUAGCUACUACCACACACGACACGGAUGAUUUGUAGAAGAAUGCAUUUACUAGCAGAAUCGUUUUCCUCAAGUUGAUCGCAGUAUGGAUCAUAAGUCAGAUUUGGCAGUACCAAGUGGUAGACGCCGUGUACGUGCUUACUGCUCAAGGCAUAACCCAUGGACCAAAGCUAUAUUUUGUUCUCUUCUGCAAUUCAUACAUAUUGGGUUUUUAUACAAUUUUGGACUGUUUUUUGAUAAACUACGGCAGGAGUUCCACAGUAAUGUUGCAAUAACAGGUUGGGUUGGAUCUCUCAGCUACUGUCUAUUUACAUUUGGUACAAUAUUAACAACUUGGUUACUUCGCUACCUAACCUACCGCAAAGUCGCCACCAUCGGCGUCUUACUUGGAAGUGUGUCGCUUUUCGUCAGUUCCUUCUCCCCCAAAAUACUAUACCUUAUCAUUUUAUACGGAAUCUUUUUUGGAAUGAGUUCCAAUGUGUCUAUGUUUGUAACGCUUGAUUUUAUGGUCGUGCUAUUUGAAGAUAAACGAAGAGCCAGGGCAAUGACAGUGGUAACACUCGGAGCAACUAUUGGUAAUUUAUCUAUGAGCAACCUGGUUGAAUACAUUCUGGAGCAGGUUGGUUGGAGGUGGACGUUUCGAAUAUUUGCUGCCAUUCUACUCUUGGUUGGUAUAGGAUGCUGCUCUUUCUUUGGUGCUCCAAAUUGUGUUGAAAAAAAUGUUGAAAAAAAUGUGAAAAAGAAAGAAUUGAAAGCUCCAAGUGGUCAUUUACUUUGCUUUCCUGAAGCCUGGUUAUUUAGUUUUGCAACUGUCAGUGCAGCUGUGGCUAUGGCCUUUCAAUAUGUUAACAUGGCUAGCUUCUUUGAAUUCAUUGGUCUAAGCGAUCAGAAGAGUGCAACUGGAAUCUCGUGCAGUGCUUUUGGUGAUUCAUUUGCUAAAGUUCUGUUCAUCAUGGCCGCUCCGUGCAUUUCUUUUCCUCUUAUAUAUUGCAUACCUGUCUGUUUAUUGGUGUCAUCUGUGUUAUGCUUUGCCUUGACCCAGACUACGAACAUAUUUGCAGUUUUCUUCAUUUCAUUCUGUUACGGUAUGCCUAGAGGCAUAUUCAAUGCACUACAGUUAGCCGUUGGUUUGGAAGUAUUUGGUACCAGCAGAAGUAAAACAUCUGCAAAUCUUCUGUUGUUCUGGAGCGGCAUUGGUUACCUCGCAGGACCGUAUAUUCAUGGUUCCUUGUACGAUGCAUCUGGUUCAUACUACCCAGCUCUCUACAUCUGUACUGCGUUGUUUUUUGUUUCCUCUUUCACAACGUUAUUAACUCCACUUUGGCAAAAGUAUUUUGCACCAGUACGUUACAUGGUGGAUUAUAGACUUCAGAACGCUGCACAAGAAUAUCGACACCAGUCAACAGAACCUGUAUAUGAACAGAUGAUAUCUGUUGUUUAGUACCUCAGUAGGACAAGCAAAAUUCUUAUAUAAUUAUUUUUAAUAUAGAAAUUAAGGUGCUCAAUAAUUUAAAAAGUCAAAUUAUUAAUCAGUUUAAAUCUCUUGUCUCCUUAAAACAUUUUUUUAAUGUACAGUAUUGAUAAAACGAAACGUAUGAGUAUAUAUAAACAUUAAAUAUCCGUAAAACCUCGAAUUGAAACCCUCGGCUUCUUUUUGUUUGCGAACUUUGGAAGGGCUUCUUUUCGAGACUACUUUUGCAAAGUAAAGAGGGGGCUUCUUUUUAAAAUGAAUGCUGUAAAUUUUGGAAUGUACAACUAUCAAACAAUAUAAAUAGGGCCACUGUAACAUCCGUCUGUAUACCGGCAUUAAAUCAUCUAAACUGUAUAAACCGAACCUGUUUUUAAUUUAGUAUUUAUUUAUUUAUUUAUUGGGUUUCAUUGAAAUUCAUUUACAGUGUAUGUAGGCCGAAAAAACCCCUUCUAUCGAGGCUACUUUUGAAAAUUAAAGAGGGGGCUUUAAUAAUUAGACCAGUAAUUGCAUUAUAUUGUUUGUAAAAUUGUGCAGCAAGGCACAACACACACAGAGAACCAAUGGUCUGGUGGUCAAUAAUUUGAAUAAAAUUUACUGAGAGUUAAGGCUUCGAUGUCAAUUUUGGUAAUUAAUGAUUGUCUAUGUAUGGCCAAGCAACCGUUUAUUACGUCCGAUUAGUUAAACAUUAAUUUGAGAAAUUGCAUCAAAGGCGAUGAGUUGUAAAAACUGUUCAAGCAUGAGACAGUUGUAUUCUAAUUGAAUUAUUUACUAGGUACUGGCAAUGUACUUUACGUAGAAUAAGCAUUUCUUUGGGAUGAAUCUAAUGUGAAUAAAUAUAUAAUACGUGUCUAUAUAGAUGUGGGUAUGUGUGUAUACUAAAUCAGCGCCACGUUAGCAAACAUAGUUAUGAACAGUACAACAGCAUUAAAGGGCUAAUUAUAUUGUACUAAAAUCAUAGGUAAAAAUUACUAUUACUAUAUAAUUUUAGCAACCGACGCGUUAAAACCUAACAUGUUAAAUGUAAAAUGGACCACAAUUCCAUAGGAAAAUUAUCACGCAAAGUCAAAUGAAAUUUCAAUAUAAGAGUGGCAGACUGCAUUCAAA